UAUUGGCUGAGGGGAAAAUUGCUGGGUGGGUCAAGCGUCAUCAACUCUAUGCUCUGGGUACGUGGAAACAAGUAUGACUUUGACGCCUGGGAGAAGUCCGGCGCCACGGGUUGGUCCUAUCAGAGCAUGCUUGAAUAUUACAAGAAAAUUGAGAACUUCACGAUUACAAAGUACAUGGACACAGAGUACCACGACGUCUGCGGAGAGAUUCCAGUUACGAAUUCCACUGCGGAGUCCAAGAUUACGGACGCACUUUUGAAGAGCUGUGCAGAGCUUGGGUACCCAGAGAAUGACUAUAACGGCCAGAAUCACACAGGGUGCACAAGAUUUCAGACGGAUAUUUUCAAAGGCCGUCGUGUCAGUGCCAGCAAGGCCUUCAUCCGAAAGAUCGUGCAAACACGGCCCAAUCUUCAUAUUACUUUGCAUAGCCUAGCGACAAAGAUGUAUGCCUACCUGCGUAUUGCUGACGAUGGCCCAAUAAGACCAAAACAGGUCUGCGAAAGUGGUCCUACGGCGAAGUUUAGGCACUGA